AUGCCAAUUGAUUACUCAAAGUGGGAUAAAAUCGAGCUUUCUGACGACUCAGAUGUGGAGGUCCACCCAAAUGUUGAUAAACGCUCUUUUAUAAAAUGGAAGCAGCGCGAUAUCCACGAGAAGCGCCAACAGAGAAACAUCGAGAUCAAGUCUAUCUUGGUCCAGUUGACCAUGUACGCAAAAUUAAACGCCAGGCUUGACUUUUUGAUGGAGAAGCUUCAGCCUUUAGAGCUUCUCGAUGAGGACAAGGUCAAGAGUACAAUUGAUGCUGAGUAUGACCCUACAGAAAGGUUCAAUUACGAGAAGAUCAAGAGCGAGAAGGAUGAUCUCCGUAAGGGUUUGCAUGAUUUGGAGUUUUCUAAGGAAGAGGUGGAAUCCAUGCCUCCUUACAACGAAAUGGUCGAGGACCUCUUUACUCAAGUGAAGGAAGAUCAUCCUGAGGUCACCGAGGAUGGUCAGAAGUUGACCCAACACCUCAAAGAACAUAGGGCCAAAAUUGACGACAUUUUGCUGAAGCAGACUAUCAAACUUGACUCUUUGCUCCAGGAGAAAGCGAACCUCAUCAGCAGUGAUGACUAUCACACUGGUUUUGAUAGCUCGUUCAUCAACAAGAAUAAGGAGGAGGCAGAGGCAAAGGCAAAGGCUGCCUCAUCAACGGCCCUGACUACGACUGAAACGUCAAUUGAGACCCUCAACAGCCCCACCCUGCAACUGGCACAAGCCCAAACUUCCAGCUCCCAAGACGAAUAUGAUCAACUUGUUGUUCUUCCUGAAACCGCUGCCUUCGCCCAGAUUCCUUACCAUCAACAGGAUAAGGGCAGAGACUUCUUGCUUCAAAACCCCAAGAUCUGUAAUGAGAAUCAGAAGGAUGCCCUUAUAAUGACUGCUUUUGAUCAUCAGCUUGAAGGAAAGGAAAAUUUGACAAAGCAAGUGGUGUACCAAUCUCUCAUCUUGCAGUACAUUGGCCAGUUGGCAGGCGGAGGUCAAGAUUUAGCCCGCGUUCGUCAGAGCGUUCAAUUGUUUUUCUCCAACCUCAUGAACAAGUCUACUCCCGUGGCUGCAGCUUUCAAUGACGAUGUUGACAGAACAGUGAAGCACAUUCAGACAAGAUGCAAGAUUAUUCAAGAGGAACGCCAAGGUCAAGGCCAGGAUCAAGAAGAAGGAAGUGAGGUGAUCCAACUCAGAUCUCUUGAUGACAAAGGAUCACAAGAGCAUGAAAUUUUCACCACGAAGCUUUCGAAAGAGAUGCAAGAAGCUAUCAAGACUGGUGAGCUUGAUGAGGUAAACAAGGUCUUUGCUGCCAUGAAAGUUGAGGAUGCUGAGAAUGCGUUGGAGAUAAUCAACGAAUGUAAUGUCAUUGGCUUGAGUGGCUACUUGGAGAACGAGCAGGAGUUUGAGGAUUUAAAAGCUCGUCAGGAAAAUAAUACCGAUCAGCAAGAAAUCCCCACCAGUACCGUUGAUUCGGUCGAUUAG